AGUUUCCUCUACGCUGAACCUUGAGCUGCUUUGUGGGGAGAGGACGGAUCGUUCUGGCAGCCGCAGCAUGGUGAGCGAGGGGUUGCGCUCCACAAACGGGGAAAUGCGGUGGACCACGAAUGCAGUGACCUAUGAUGAUGUGCUUGUUGACUUCACUUGGGAAGAGUGGUCUUUGCUGGAUCCUUCCCAGAAGAGUCUCUACAGAGAUGUGAUGCUGGAGACCUACAGGAACCUCACUGCUAUAGGCUGCAAAUGGGAAGAUCAUAAUUUUGAAGAACAUCAAAGUUCUAGAAGACCUGGAAGGAAUGGAAGAAGCCAUACUGGAGAGAAACCUUCUGAAUAUACUCAAAGUGUUGAAGCUUAUGCUUAUAAUAAUCAGCUUCAAAGGCAUGAAAGAAUCCAUACUGGAGAGAAACGCUAUGAAUGUGAUCAGUGUGGUAAAACUUAUGUAUGCAAUAGGAAUCUUCUAAGGCAUAAAAUAACACAUACUGGGGAAAAACCCUAUAAAUGUAAUCAUUGUGGUAAGGCCUUUUCACGUGACAGUAGUCUUCAAAUGCAUAAAAUAAUACAUAGUGAAGAGAAACCUUAUGAAUGUAAUAAGUGUGGUAAGGCCUUUUUACGUGACAGUAUUCUCCAAGCACAUAAAAGAAUACAUACUGGAGAGAAACCCUAUGAAUGUAAUCAAUGUGGCAAAGCCUUUUCAUUUCACAGUUAUCUCACAACACAUAAAAGAAUACAUACAGGUGUGAAACCCUAUGAAUGUAAACAAUGUGGUAAAGCCUUUGCACAGCACAGUCGUCUUCUAAUGCAUAGAAGAACACAUACUGGAGAGAAACCCUUUGAAUGUAACCAAUGUGGUAAAGCCUUUGCAUUUCACAGUUAUCUCCGAAUACAUAAAAGAAUACAUACUGGAGAGAAACCCUAUGAAUGUAAUCAAUGUGGUAAAGCCUUUGCUCAACACAAUCAUCUUCUAAUGCAUAGACGAAAACAUACUGGUGAGAAACCCUAUGAAUGUAAUCAGUGUGGUAAGGCCUUUGCAUGUCACAGUAGGCUUCAAACACAUAAAAGAACACAUACGGGAGAGAAACCCUAUGAAUGUAAUCAAUGUGGUAAGGCCUUUGCAUUUCAAAGUUAUCUCAAAACACAUAAAAGAACACAUACAGGCGAGAAACCCUAUGGAUGUAAUCAGUGUGGUAAAACCUUUGCAUUUCAAAGUUAUCUCAAAACACAUAAAAGAACACAUACAGGCGAGAAACCCUAUGGAUGUAAUCAAUGUGGGAAAUCCUUUACCACUCACAGUUACCUUCUAAUGCAUAAAAGAAUACAUACUGGAGAGAAACCUUAUGAAUGUAAUCAAUGUGGUAAGGCCUAUGGAUAUAGCAGUGCUCUUCUAAUGCAUAAAAGAACACAUACUGGAGAGAAACCCUAUGAAUGUAGUCAAUGUGGUAAAGCCUUUGCACGUGACAGUAGUCUCCAAACACAUGAAAGAACACAUACCAGAGAGAAACCCUAUGAAUGUAAUCAAUGUGGUAAAGCCUUUGCAUUUCACAAAUAUCUCAAAACACAUAAGCGAACACAUACAGGCAAGAAACCCUGAUUGCUGAUAUAAUCAACGUGGGAAAUCCUUUGCAUGUAACAGUAGAUUCCACAUAUAUAAAAGAACACACACUGGAUUGAAACUCUAUGAAAGUAAUCAUUGUGGUAAAGCCUUUGUACAUGAUUUUUGUCUUUGAAACAAUGAGAAAAAAUCAAACUGCAUAGAAACCCUACAAAUGUAGUUAAUGUGGUAAGGUUUUGCACUUCAUAGUACUCUUUAUACGACAAUAACACUUUUAGUGUGAAACCAUUCUGUUAAAGCCUGUGCAUAUCACAGUAGUCAUUGAGGACAUGAUAAAAACUCAUACAGAAGAGACUCUAGCUAUAAAGGAUUUGGGAAGACCUUUAGCUAAUACAUUUAAGUUACACAAGGGAAUUCUGGAGAUAAAAUCUGACAGUGUCAACAAUCUGUUCAAGCAGUGUAUUAUUAUUUUGUUUGUACCUACAAACUCGUAUGAACAGAGCCCUACAAACUUAAAUGUUAAAGUAACUCUUUUAGAUUUCAUGUAUCUCUUCAAUGACAUGAAAUAACUAAUUCAGUUGUAAAACUUUAUGGAUAUUUGUUGUGGGAUGGUGCUUUUGUACACUGUAAAGAUUUGUCACUUGUAUUUGUUUAAUAAAAUGCCGAUUGGCCAGUAGCCAGGCAGGAAGAAUGGGGGGGGGGGGGGGUGACCAGGCUAAGAGAAUUCUUGGAAGAGGAAAGUCAAAGAGUCAGUCACCAGCCAGAUGCAGAGGAAGCAAGAUGAGAAUGCCUCACUGAGUAAAGGUACCAAGCCACAUGGCUAAACAUCAACAAAAAUUAUGUGUUAAUUUAAGUUGUGAGAACUUUAGUAAUAAGCCUGAGCUAAUAGGCCAAACAGUUUAUAACUAAUAUAAGCCUCUGUGUGUUUCUUUGGGAUGAAUGGUUACAGGAUUAGGCCGGACAGAAACUUCUGUCUACAAAUGGCACCCAAAUGUUUGGAAAGAAUAUCCACAUGAAGCUUGAGAAAGCUUUCUUUAAAAAAAUAUUCUAGUCAGACAAGAACAGAGUCAAGUGCAGCUUCUUGGUAACCAUCUUUUCUCUGGUAGGCUCUGUUUGCUGGCAGCAAGCAGAAGCUCAGCUUCUUUAAUUGAGGCUUCCUAACUUAAUGUUAAUGGCAAAAACCACAUGGCAGCCCUUUUAAGAGGUCCUGCUUCCAAUCACUUAAAAGGUUUUUAUGAGUGGCUGGUGGCAUGCUUCCUGGUGGUGCCAGGGACCUGCAGAUUUAAUGUUAACCAUGCUGCUUAGUAGAUUUAAGACUCAUGCUCAGAAAAAGAUAGAGAUAUACAGUAAAAACAGAUUCAGAUAGAAUAAAAACAUCUAAAUGGUUUACAAUAUGUUUAAAAAUAUAUGUAGGCUUGAGAGAAAAGGGGUAGAAAAAAUUUUUAAAAGUAGAGUAUCUGGGCAUGAUGGUGCAUGCCUUUAAUCCCAGGAUGUGGAAGGCAGAGGUAGAUGAAUCUUUGUGAGUUUGAGGCCAGUCUGUUCUACAGAGUGAGUUCCAGGACAGACAAAGAUAAACAGUGAAAGACUGCCUCAAAAAAAAACCCAAAAAGCAAAUAAAAUAAAAUAGGGUAAGAAAAAGAAAGCUAUAUGAAGGUAAAAAAUACACAGUCUAAAUACUGUUAUUGUGUUGUCUUUGAAUUGUUUGACUUUGACUGCUGAGGAAAGAGGUACAUAUGCUAAAAGUCAUUUAAUUACAAAUGUCAAAGAUAUUUCUUAUUAGUAUACUUGUUUGGUUCUUUUGAGACAGGACUACACUACAUCCUCUAGACUGACCUGGACUCACAUUCUUCCAGCCUGUGGCACGUGGGGCCACACUGAACUGCUUAUUAGUGUAACUAAUGCAUUUCUACGGCAAGCUUUAAAAUUAUUUAGUGCAAGAUUUUCCAUUUAUGGCCGGGCGGUGGUGGCGCACGCCUUUAAUCCCAGCACUUGGGAGGCAGAGGCAGGCGGAUCUCUGUGAGUUCGAGGCCAGCCUGGUCUACAAGAGCUAGUUCCAGGACAGGCUCCAAAGCUGCAGAGAAACCCUGUCUCGAAAAAACCAAAAAAAAAAAAAAAAAAAAAAAAAAAAAAAAAAAAAAAAAAGAUUUUCCAUGUAUUUUUAGAAAUAUGCUUUGGUUAUUCUCAGACUUUUGCAUUUCCACACAAAUUUUAGAUUAGCCUGUUCAUUUAAA